AUGCCGAGUUGUCGUGGUGCGGGAGCUGUACCGUGCCUGGCAGCGUCGGCUGCUGAGCUCCGCUGUAAACUCUCCUCCCUGCGGUUGCGUAAGGGAUGAAUCCUCUGAUAGGCUGGCUUCUCACCUCUUGUCCUGAAUGACUGAUACUUAUGGUUGCUCCUCUUCAAUUUCAAGAGAGGAUCCUGUUGUGUCUUUCACGGGUGUGUAGAAAUUGUGUCCCUUUUGCCAUCAGAGAAUAAUCGAGGACUUUGUUCAGGACUUUGGAGGCUCCUCGUGAUGCUUUGCCAAUUGCAGGCACUAGUAGAAAUCCAAUAGGCGCCGCUUCCACCACGUGGAAGAUUUCCAUUGAGAAGCUGUGACGUAACCAAGGGAGUGGACAAGAUGGCAGAACUGCAGAUAGACCAAGACCUGGCUCAGCAGCUCUUUUUUGAGGGGGCCACAGUUAUCAUUUUGAAUGUGCCAGAAGGAACAGAGUUUGGUAUUGACUAUAACACUUGGCAAGUGGGCCCCAAGUUCCGGGGAGUCAAGAUGAUCCCCCCAGGCAUCCAUUUCCUUCAUUACAGCUCUGUCAGUAAGGACAAUAGCAAAGAAAGUGGUCCUCGCACGGGCUUCUUCUUGAACUUGCGGCAGCGAGAUCUGGAGGUGUUGCGCUGGGACCCUGUCAAAGAGGAAGUGGAUCUGACUCCGGCACCUGAAAACGAGACUGAAGCCAUGAGGGCCAACUUGCAGGAAAUGGACAAGUUUAUGGGUCCCUACCCAUAUGACACUCUGAAGAAAUGGAUCUCUCUCACUAAUUUCAUUAAUGAACCAGUUAUGCAAAAGCUGCAGCCAGAAAGCAGGCAGAUAUGUGCCUUUUCAGAGGUGCUGCCUGUUUUGGCUGGGAAGUAUACUAAAGAUCGGGUCGAACAGAACUUGCCCCGGUAUGACACAGAGUGCAAAAGCUAUGCUGAAGGCCUGGCCAGGCUUCCCAAAAUGCAGGUGAAAGCUGGCACGGAGAUCAGGUUCACAGAAAUCCCUAAGCAAAUGUACCCUCAAGGCGCUACCCCUGAGGAAGUUACCAGGCACAGCAUGGACCUUAGCUAUGCCUUGGAGACUGUGAUCAGCAAACACUAUUCCAGCAAUCCCCAGGAUGUGCUUGGGGAGUUGCAAUUCGCCUUUGUCUGCUUCCUAAUUGGGAACGUGUAUGAUUCAUUUGAGCACUGGAAAAAACUCCUGAAUCUCUUGUGCCGGUCUGAGAAUGCCAUAGCAAAGCAUCACUCCCUGUUCAGCAACCUCAUUUCUAUCCUUUACCAUCAGCUCAGUGAAAUCCCAGCAGACUUCUUUGUGGAUAUAGUCUCCCAAGACAACUUCUUAACCAGCACCUUACAGGUGUUCUUCUCUUAUACCUGCAGCCCAGCAGUUGACAGGACCCUAAGGAAGAAGGCGGAAAGAUUUAAGACCCACCUAACAAAGAAAUUCAAGUGGGACUUUGAGGCUGAACCAGAGGAUUGUGCUCCAGUAGUAGUAGAGCUGCCAGAAGGGGCACUUGUGGAUUGAAUGCGAAUCUCUGUACUUUGUUUCUAAACUACUUUUUGUAUUCUUGAGCUCUCUCUGAUUCUGCUUUCAGUCAUGCAACGAAUGCUUCUUAUGCUAUCCCACCAUUACUGGAGGCAGUUCCAGGAAAUCCAUAAAGACUGCAAACUUGGGACAUGGAUGACAUUUUGGAACAUGUGGAACAGACUGCACCUAGUUCUUACACUAGAUUAAUCAAGAGGUGUCUUGUUCUCCAAAGGUUCAUUCCAGCUCUGCUGUUUGAUGACUCUUUGCAAAAGUCUUCCUCCCUUUGGUUGAAGAAACCCACAUUUGAAAUGGCAGUUUCAGGCUCGACUCAUUUAGAAUGUGAUACUUUUGCUUUAUCAUUGGGGAAGCAGUAAACCAAAUGGUCUCGUACUUGGAAAACUGUGCAUCGUCUUCCAGCUGUUCAGCCUGAGCUGAACAAAUGAUGAAGAAAAAUGUCUCAUUAAUGGUGCAAAUGAAGAUAAUUCAAACAACUCAGCUUGUCAUUCUUUGUAACUGCUCAAGGUUAUGCUGUAGUAGAUGUUUCUGAUAAAAGUUUUAGGAUGCUGUAACAAAUGUAUUAGUUUUUAUUUAAUUAGGUGAUUACUCUGAGCUCAGUUACAUGGAAAAACAAGUGUCUCUUUAACUGAACACUGGGCAAUAAAACUGGUACUAAACUGG